UCAGUGGAAAGUCCCGGGGUUUCGCAGUUUGCUGACGUGUUUCAGACUUUCUGUAUUGUUCUCAUCCAGCAUCAGCAGUCUGAGGUGAUUUAAAUCAGUCCGCCAUUUUGUGUCUUGUGGAAAGGAGCAGUGAAGGGGAGUCAUCUGUCUGCAGCUUCGUUUAUGGACCUUAUGUGGUAACUGCGCCACUGAAGCAAAGGGAUUUCUCACACCAAACUAAAUCCCUGUCUCUUAAAGAACAUAUUUUUAUUUCAUAAUUAUACUAAAACUUCACACAUGGAUACGUAAACGCCACCAUAAGGGAUGUCCGCAGGGAGUUGGCCUUUUUUUUACCACAUCCAGGAAGUCUACUACCAUAGGGUCUGUCAUUAACACAUGUCUUGUUUAACGUUUAGAUCGUGUUUGGUUUGGUUUAUUGUAUUUGUUAAUGAUCCUGGGUGAAAGUGAACAGCAGAAAUGGAUAAUCACCCGGUUUAGUUCAUGUUUGCUCACCUUUUCUUUGUACAUGAGAUGUCUUUUCUCACGUGUGGCUUUCAGUUCAGUUUUAGAGGUCAUGUACCCAUUCUAGCAGAGAUGGUAGUUUGGACUGUUCGCAGUAUACACUGGUGUUUGGAGUUUUGUUUGUGUUCUUUGUUUGACUCUAAGGCGUUGGUUUUAGGUGGGAGGAAAUUCCUUUUUGGUCAGGGGGAAAUGUUUGUUCAACUCAUGACUAAUCUUGUGCUAGUCACAAGUUCCUGUAACUGUUUUAAUGUUUUGUUCUAAGUUCAGUGUACUCGCUUACCCAUGUCACCAGUGUGCACUUAAGACCCUGGGUGUGCUAAUUAAAGUCCUUCUCCCUGAGGACAUCCCUCUUUUUCUCCUAAAAAUGGAAAUAUUACAAAAUAGUGCUUUCUUAAGAGGUCUGUGUCGUACUAGUGCACCAGCAGACCUACAGUAUGAUAACACAAGUGAACUGUUUCGGAUUUCGACCUUUGCAAAGUUCCCCUCGACAGCACCGGUGACUGAGAGAAGCCUUGCCCGUGCUGGGUUUUUCUACACUGGCAUAGGAGACAGGGUCCAAUGUUUCCGCUGCAAUGUGACCAUUGACAACUGGCAGUCAGGCGAAUGCCCAGCCGAGAGGCACAAGCAGAUCUCCCCCAACUGCACCUUCAUUCAGAGCCUGCCUUCCACCACCAAUCUCCUGUCCUCUUCUCAUUCAGCCUUUUCACCUCUCCGCAAUGCUACCAUCCUGCAACUAAACCUUCCUGCAGUCACUUCAGCUUCAGGCCAGACAGAUGAGCAAGCUGGUUACCUGAACAUGAGCAACCUUGCCCCCUCUAGCCCUCUGUCAUCUCGUGGCGUGGAAGACAUGUCCCAUCAGAGGCCACCUGCUUGCCACAAUCCCAGCAUGCGGCGUGAGCAGGACCGCUUGGACACCUUUCAGAAUUGGACUCUUGCCACAAUCACGCCUGCCGAGCUUGCCAAGGCUGGUUUCUAUUAUCUCAGUCAGGGAGACAGAGUGGCUUGCUUCAGCUGUGGUGGGCACCUGAGCAACUGGGAGCCUGGAGAUAGGGCUGUAUCUGAGCACCAGAGGCACUACCCUAACUGCCGCUUUGUGAGAGGUGACAGAGCCGAUAACAUCCCUAUAACUGCUGGUUUGGCCAACGUGUCAAACCCAGCAAUGCAGCAGUGUGAUGAAAGGCUGCUUACGUUUGUCAACUGGCCUGCAAGAAUACCUGUCCGCCCAGACCAACUGGCCAAGGCUGGUUUUUACUACGUUGGUCGUAACGAUGACGUAAAGUGCUUCUGUUGUGAUGGAGGACUCAGAUGUUGGGAAUCGGGGGAUGAUCCUUGGGUUGAACAUGCUAAAUGGUUUCCCAGGUGCGAGUACCUUUUGCAAGAAAAGGGACAAGAGUUUGUUCAUCAGAUCCAAGCCAGAUUUCCAAGACUGUUUGAACAGCUGUUGAACAAUGGGGACUCGAGGGAAUUUGUUGAUCCACCUGUUGUACACUUGGGUCCAGGAGAAGAGCGCUCAGAAGAUGCUAUAAUGAUGAACACACCUGUGGUGAAAGCAGCCUUAGAAAUGGGCUUUGAGCGCGGUUUAGUGAAGCAGACUGUCCAGAGCAAAAUUCUCACCAGUGGAGAAAAUUAUAAAACUGUACAAGAAUUGGUGUCUGACCUGCUGAGUGCGGAGGAUGAGAAAAGAGAAGAGGAACGAGAAAUGUUUGCAGAGGAAAUGGCAUCAGAUGGAUUUACUUUUUUGAAGAAGCACCAUGCUGCCUUGACACAGCGUUUGAAAAGUGUCCAGAGCCUAAUGGAUCAUCUGUUGGAGGAGAACGUAAUUUCACAGAAGGAGUACGACACCAUACGCAACUGCACGUCCGUCAAGCAGCAGACGGGUCAGCUCAUUGAUUUGGUCUUAUCAAAGGGGAACGCAGCAGCAGAGGUCUUCCGCAACUGGAUCAAAAAGAAUGAUGUGUACCUCUUAAGAGAACUAAUGGCCCAGACAAAUGAAGCUGUAUCACCGAGUCAAGAUCUUUCAGACUUGCCCAUGGAAGAACAGCUGAGGCGACUUCAAGAGGAGCGUACAUGUAAAGUGUGCAUGGAUAAAGAGGUCAACAUUGUCUUUAUACCAUGUGGGCACCUGGUGGUUUGUAAAGAGUGUGCACCUUCAUUACGCAAGUGCCCCAUCUGUAGAGGCUUGGUAAAAGGCACUGUACGCACCUUUCUAUCUUAAAUGGGCCAAGUGCUUUAGAUGCAUAUUGUUUGAAGCAUUGUCAAAGUGAAUAUAAAACAAAUAGUACCUGCAUAGAAGAGAAUGCAAAUAGUGUGGCUGAGUUUAAUGUUUCUUCAAAGGGGGGGAGACAAGAAUAGCUGUAUUAAACAGUCAUUUGAAA